AUGGGUCCAUCUUUGAGAGAUCAUGGAUCCUUUGUCCGUCCCUCAACCCGUGACCGGCCGAUGACUCGGGAUCAAGGCGAGAAUUCCCUCAUUAUCCCCAGUCGCACCUCGUCGCUGCAUUCCCGCAUCACUCAGCCCAUCCCGUCCACGCUCAACCUCAAGCCUGCCCAGCGAACCCCCAAGACUCUCACCCAUGCGUACAUGGUCUGCGGCGUGGGCCGCGAGCCCUCCCAAUGGGUCAAGGCUCCGCCGCCUCCCCAGGGUAAAAUCCAGCACAUGAAGGGCGCAGUCCCCCAAUUCUGGCUGCCCGAGAUUCUGGGCAGUAGUCCCAGACUGGAAUCCGACAAUGAGAUUGCCCGCGCUCUCCAUGCCGCCAUGAGGGCCUGCUUCCCCCAUGAUGUCGAGAUUUGCACGGGCAAGACUCAACCGCACUGUGUGCACCAUGCUUUUGUCCUCCAGCAGGACUCUUCUCACACCCUCUACGGUAUCGCGCUGCGUGUCUGGUCUCGCGCAGAUGAGAAGCGUGCCGAAACGAUCCGCGAAUUGCGCAAGAAGACCGAACCGGAUUUCUUCGACAACCCCGACGAGACCUAUUGGAUUCCCUACUGCUUGAGCUUCCUGUCCCGCUAUCCUCUGUACGACCUGCUGGGUGACUACCUCCGGGGCAUGUGGAUCCAUUGGAACAAGGCGACCAACCUCUUCCACGCCGAAGAGGUUUCUCGCAUCUUGAGCUUCCCUGCCCCGCGUCUCAACGACUUGGUUCGGAUCGACAUGAAGGAUUACGCGCUCUGCUAUCAGUUCCCGUCCUCGCCCACCGGUUUCCAGAACUUCGCCAUGUGGCCCCUGUUCUGCUGCCUGUCGAUCCCCAACAUCGUCGGCGUCAUCGAGGCCGCCGUGUCGCCCACCCGCCGAAUCAUCUUCGUCAGCCACUACCCGGCAAUGUUGACCGUGGCCGCCGAAACCAUCCGCUUCUGCGUGCGCGUCUACGAAUGGAGUGGUCUCUACGUCCCCGUGGUGCACGCCCGUCAUGCGAAGGAGCUCGUCGAGGAACCCGGUCCGUACAUCCUGGGUAUCACGGCCGAGUGUCGUUCUCUGUUUACGGCUCCGUCGGAUGCGCUCGUGGUCGAUCUGGACCGCAACUUUGUCCUGACCUCGAACCCUCCCAACGUUCUGACUCCGGGUCAACGCACCAAAUUCAUUAACCGUCUGACCAAUGCCUUGAAUGGCGAGGUAACCCCGUCGGGAGUGCCCCAGCACCUCCGAUCCGCGUAUUGGGGUGGGAAACUGGUUCCCGCGGGUCAGAUCAUUGUCAUGAAGGGUGAAGUGGAGAGUGUUCAGGAUCCUUCCUGGUGGAACCAAGAUGCGGUGAUGAGUGUCAUGGACCACGUGUGUGAGAAACUGGGCCGCAACACCGGUGUGAAAGCUCUUUUCGGUGGCUCCGUCAAGAAGCCUCUCAUGACCAAGGUCUCGAUGAGACACUUGAACGAGAUUGUGCGGGAACGCAACCAGUACUCCCGGGAUGCUCAGGAAGCCUGGCAGGACUUUAUCAACCUCAAAGGCCGGAUGGACACCGAGCUUUCCAAGGUCACGAAACGCAACAACUUUUUGGUGGAAGAAUUGGAGACCUGGAAGCAGCAGUUCCUCAAAUUCCAAGCGUUUGCUGAGCAGCUUACGAAGGAGACCUCCGAGCUCAAGGUCAAGAUUGAGAAUCACAAGCGUGAAAACCGCCGUCUUACCGCCCUCAUCGACCAACAGAAGGAUGAUCUGGCUCGUCUUACGCUCCGUCUUUCUGGGACCGAGAAACAGCGUGACGACGCCUUGGAGGCUUUGGUUCUGCAGCAAGAAAUUGCGGAGGAACUCGAACGGGAGCGCAAGCGGAACCAGAAGGAGCUGGCUGCUCUGCAGCACACCACCGCGACUCUGACUCGCCAGCGCGACGAGGCUCAGCGCAUUGUGGUGCACCUCCGCAGCUUGAUCGAAGGCCAGACCCACCACAUGGAACACAUCAUCCGCAACAUUCAGAACUCGACCGAACUCAGCGACUAUGUCGACCAAGGUCAGGGAGACGACGACUCUGCGGAGACUACUACUACCCGGCAGCCCGCAUCGGACAAUAAAUCAUUGAGACGUCUUUCUCGCCCGUCAUCUCGGAUCCGGUUGACCGCGGGCAGCCGUGCUAGCAGUGUGGGUGACAAUGUCUCUCCCGAAAUGGAGCAGCAUAUGCUGAAUAUGGACAAGAGACAGCGUCGCCUCUCCCAGAUGAGCAUGCCCGACGUGGCCGACCGGUAUCUGAAAGAUAAGACCGAUGCGAUUGCCGCGAUUAUCCGCAACAUCAGCGAACAGUGUGCCGCCGCCGUCGAAGGCUUGCACCUCGCCCAGGAUGCCGAGGAGGAAGUGAUCACGGACGAGUCGGACAAACUGGACCCGGAGGGUGGCAACCAGGCCCCAUCCGAGGAUGGACGGGACCAGUCCACUCGCGAGGACGCCAGCGAGAUGGGUGAAGGCGAGAGCAGCUUCCUGAACGCGGACCAACGCUCCUCCAGCAUCCCCCCCACUCCCGAUCUGGUCCACAACCGUUCCAGCACGUCGAUGUCGAUGGUCAGCAGCUCGACGAUCCCGGAGAGGUCGAGCCAGCAGUACUCGCCGGGCGAAAUUCCCACCAAGAUUGUGGAAGAUGACGAUGAGCAUGCUCACGAAACCGAUGGUCUUGACGUGCCAACCGAGACCACUCUUCCCAAGCAACCCACUUCGGAUCUCAUGCAACCAAACGCGGCUCGAAUUGUCUCGUAA